AUGGCGUCUCUUUCUGAACGCGCGCGCGAGGAUGCUACGCUCUUACAGUCCCUCCUACGCUCUCGCGCCACAGCAAUGCACACCUCUCCGCGUACGGGAAGCGAACCCUCGAGGAGCGUGAAUGUGCCGACCCUGUCGACAAGGAGCGAUGAAUUCGCGGAUUUGUGGGACAAUGCGCUCGACAACUACUUUACGCGAACAGGCGUCAACCUCCGGGAUCGUGAUCAGGAUUUGUAUCGGCGUCUACAGGGCUGCUCCUCGUCAGACUCCGUCGUUCAAGUAUUGGAGGACAUUGCUCUUGAUUUCAAGACAUAUCGGCAGGGUUCAGAACGGGCCAACAAAAUCCGCUCUGCCUUGUCCUCCGUUGCUUACGGAAUAUCCGUUCUGGUGGAGGUGGGAGCGGAAAGCGCUGCUUCGAAGUCUUUCCCAGGCGGCAAGGCCAUCUUCGUGGCCAUUGCGAUUCUCAUCAAGGCAACUCAGGGCGUCAGUCAACGCUUCGAUGCACUGGUCGCAAUCUUGGAGAAGUUCGGUUUCUAUCUAUCCCGUCUACCCAUUCGCAUGGACAUUGGGCUUGGCACUGAAUCGCGCCGCCUCACCAUCCAGUUGCUUUCGAAGAUGGUGCACACGUUUGCUUUAGCUACAGAGACGAUGAAGAAGAGUCGCACGCAUCACUUCAUCAACGUCUUCCUCAACAAGAAUGACGAGACCCACGACCUUACACAGAGCGUGGGAGUUCUAGUUGAAGAAGACGCGCGUCUGGGGCUUGUUGAGAUGCAUCGCGCUGUUAGCCAUCUAUCCGACAAGAUGGAUAGUUUGCUUGCACAUGCAUACAGUUACUCGGAGCGUCAGCCAGAAUCAACUCUCUUGGAUCUUCAAGAUGAACUCGCCAGCGUCAAGGAGAUCACCCGAACCGGAUUUGCCACAUUAACCGCGCAUAUGCCGCUAGCAACCGGCUCUCGAGAAGAGGCACGUCCGCCAACGACUCGUUCGAUACCGAACUCUGUGUCACCAUUCUUCACGACUUGGGAGGAAAGGACAUCCCUCGCCAGUACAAUUGAGGAUGGUCUGGAUGACUGUGUCACUCCGGUCCAGCGACAGUCUUCUGCAGAAAUAGACCGAAUGGCAGAGCGUAUACGAGCCUUGGAGCUAGCACAGGACAGCAUACACGAACAAUUGGCGCAGAAAGAAGGUUCCUCGUGGGAAUGGAAAUUAUGGGCACGAAUGUCGUUGUUGAAACCGGCUCUUCUCACCAGGAUGGUCAACGAACUACACGCCACCUUCCGUGAUCUGACGCCAGAUGACAGAGCGGCCCUUAGAGAGGGAAUUGCCGCGCUGUACGCCGCCGUGAAUAUGACGGUCACUGGUGCCGCCGACGGAGGCACCACAAUUACUGCCUGGUUCGCUGUGUUGCUGAACCCGGGGGCCGUCUUCACCGCGUUUUUACCGCUGGCGGCGGCUUAUACUGUUGCCUACCUCGGCUGGCAGCGUGUGCACUCAUCAUCGUCGGUAACUAAUCUGCGCAGACUACACGAUCCUCGCAUGGACACGAUCAUACUCAUCGACGUCCUGGGUGUGCACAUGCUUUUACCAUUGGAUAGAGUCGGUACAUGGAUGGAGCUGCAUGCCCUUCUCGUCCAUCACUUUACCAACCGAGAAGGUGUCGAAUACGUCAGAAACCAAGCGUAUAUGAUCAUGCAUCCGCAUGGGGACUCCGUUAUACGGCCAAACUCUUGGACGCGCAUCAUAAGAGGUGGCCUGACACUUGAGAUGAGCAUCGUGCUACGACGGAGGUUUCUCGAUUGUCCUUACUGUGGUACUGCAGCUCAUCGACCUCUCGAGGGCCGAACUGAAUGCGUGAGUUGCCAUCGCCAGUACUGGGCGACCAAUGCGGAUACGUCCGAUCCGGACGGCAAUCAGAUGAAAGAGCCUGGCGCUUCUCCUCUUGGCUCCCCCAAUGAACCGCUUUCGGCUCUCUCGAAGGAUGCCAGUCCCGUCUCUGACGGAAGUCUCGACUCCCCAAACUCACCAGGUUUUGAUUCAUUCCGGAGAAUCACCGUACUUCACGCUGCGGCCGUACGACUGCCCGCGGACGCACCGUCCACUGAAGGAUCACUCCACGUUCAGUCACCCGUACCGAUUCCUGCUCCUUCAGUCAUCCCAUCGAGUGAGGUGCCAAGAAGCCCCGUCUUCGAUCACGCGAAAGAAAGGCCCCCAUCCCGCCCGAUCAGUCCUAUCACGCACCGUCUAGCGACCCAUUCUUACCCCGUCGCGUCAUCCUCGCUUCCUCCUGAGACUGUUGUGAUCCCGCCUAGGGUCAAGAUUGCACCACUUCCAAACCGACGCAGAGAAGAAUUGAGGUCACGGUCGCGUUCUCCCUUGAGUCGGGCGUCUUCGUCGACGCCAACACGAACGGAGCCCAGAUCCCCCAACGACAAAAGUCACCCGUAUGGUGCCGAACUAGAUCGCGAGUUAAUGAGCAACCAUCUUGCUCGAGUCUGGCCUCAAGGCCUUCACCCGCCGCGCAGUCGGCGCUCGAGUAUGCGAAGUAGCACCUCCAGGGCUACUGAUGAUGACGGGGACACUACGUCGGGUAUGAGGAGAAGAAGGACGAGCCCGAAAUCACGCGCUGGCGAUGCGCCUAGCCACUCGAAGAGUGGAAGGAUGGGUAGCCUUACUCCUACCGUCGCUAUGACUGGCGCUCCGGAUCCCCUGAAACGAAAUAUCGGACCGGACAAGGCCAUUGCCAAGGGGAAACAGGAUGGUGGACAAGAAGGAUACACCAGCAACACUAGCGCAACAGAAAGCUCGGAACAGUAUUACACCCCGCCGGAAGGGAAUGUAACAUCGUCAAGUUGA